AGAGUGAUUGCAGUCAGAAUGUUUGCCAUUCCCUUGAGACAGCCCAGCUCCAUGAGCAAGAGCCAGAAACAGUCCUCCAGCAUGGAUGACCACGACAAACCAUUUCAGUACGAGAUUACGGAUCAUGGUUAUGGCAAGGAUGCGGUGAAAGUGCUGCAUGUGAGUCGCAAGGGACCAGUGCACACCAUCCAGGAGUACGAGGUGGGCACCCACCUGAAGUUGUAUAGCAAGAAAGACUACUACCAGGGCAACAACUCCGAUAUUGUGGCAACGGAUUCCCAAAAGAAUACCGUCUAUUUGCUAGCUAAGAAACAUGGCGUUGAGAGUCCCGAAAAGUUUGCCAUUCUUCUGGCCCAGCAUUUCUUAAAUAAAUAUUCUCACGUGGAAGAGGCUCAUGUUCAUGUGGAGGCGUAUCCUUGGCAGAGAGUUUGCCAGGACGAGACUAAGGCCAAUAUCAAUGGCCAGGGAUCCACCUCAAAUCAGGGCACCUGUAAUUUCAGUUCCAUUGACGACCGAUCGCUCCAUAACCAUGCCUUUAUUUUCACCCCAACUGCCCAGCAUUAUUGUGAUGUUGUUGCCAGAAGAACAGAUCCCAAGCAAACAGUGAUCACUGGUAUUAAGGGUCUCCGGGUUCUGAAGACUACUCAAUCGUCGUUUGUGAACUUUGUGAAUGAUGAAUUCCGAUCCCUGCCAGAUCAAUACGAUAGGAUCUUCAGUACAGUGGUGGACUGCUCCUGGGAGUAUUCCCAUACCGACAAUUUAGACUUUUUACGUGCCUGGCAGACCGUAAAAAAUAUCAUCCUACGUAACUUUGCUGGCGAUCCACAGGUGGGCAUUUCGUCUCCCUCCGUUCAACACACACUGUAUCUGAGCGAGAGACAGGUCCUUGAUGUCCUGCCACAGGUUUCGGUAAUCUCAAUGACCAUGCCAAAUAAGCAUUAUUUCAAUUUCGAUACGAAGCCCUUCCAAAAAAUCGCUCCCGGGGAUAACAACGAAGUCUUCAUUCCAGUGGACAAGCCACAUGGCACCAUCUACGCUCAACUGGCCCGGAAGAAUAUUAACAGUCAUCUAUAAACAAUUUAUUUUAAAUUAGAUCUCUUAUUGUAAUUCAUAUAAUCUCAAAAACUAAAUAAAUUUAUUGAACAUAUGUAA